UCACUAACCUCAAAUAUUUAACUGUCAUUCUGUUUUGUUGUGUUAUUCGAUCACCGGUAAACAGGAUGAUAUAAUAAUAUCGUAGAUAUAAUUCUAUCUACAAAAAAUAUAAAUAAAAUAUUAGGCAUUCCACAAAUUUUCUGAACCAAAUCAAGAUGUCACACAUUCCAUAUAGGAUUAUAUGGUUCUGUUUAAUAGUAGGAGCCAUGGCUGAGGAUGAUUCUUUUGUGGAAGAACUUCUAAUAAAACCACUAAAUACAGAUCAUGUUUACAACCACUUUCAUUUCACUACAAAGUGGAGUGUGCCGGAUACUGGUUUUUCCUCCCAUUCGAGAAUUUUUCCUAGAAUAUUAGGAGAAUUGGUUGAGAGGUAUAAUGUACAAGAACUCAAUAUUGGCCUAACCAAUGGCUUAUGGCGUUAUGAGAAAUGGGGAUAUCCAGUAGUCAAUGGAGCUCCAGGUGGUGAGGUGUGGGCUUGGUUCAAACCAAAUACUAUUGAUAUUGAUAAGAAUUGGAAGGAGUUAACGGCUUCUCUAUCUGGAUUGCUUUGUGCUUCCUUUAAUUUCAUAGAUCGGACAAAUACAAUAAGUCCUGAAUAUUCCCUCAGACCAAGAGGAAUAGUUGAUCAAUAUUAUCAAGUAAAUUCUAGUUAUUUGAGGUAUUCUAGUCUACCCAGAGAAAUAGUCUGUACUGAAAAUUUAACUCCAUGGAAGAAGUUACUGCCAUGCAAUGCUAAAACUGGUCUUGGUUCUCUAUUGAACUCUGGUUUCAUUCACAAUACUAGAUAUCAUUCCUUAGGUCUUUAUUUGAGACGAAUAUGCUCUGAUGAAUAUUGCUCUAGUACAAGUCUUGAAUUACAGCAAACUAUAUCUUUAGUAUAUGAUAGCAAAACAUUAGGUACAAAAAAUUGGUCUCUUAUAAAAUUUUUUGGUCAGGGUAUCAUUAAUACAUGUAGUUUAGCUGAUUCUAGUACAAUUUAUAUUGACAUAACAUCUAACUCGUCUAAUCCUUUCCAUCUAACAGAAGAACCUGAUGAAAUAAUCACAUCAAUACGAGGUGGAACUGUCAGUAAAUUAGCAAAAUAUCAAUUUAAGGGGAAAGCAUUUUCAGUUGGUGCUAAUUAUUUUCCUAAACAAGAAAUUACAGUAACAGUUCCUCCAGUCCUAUGUGCUCACCAAUACCUCUCAGGGUAUGGUAAAGAAAGUGGAGGAUUGGUCAUUAAGUUGAACAACAACCACUGGAGUGAUCUUGAUGUUGUACUUCUUCAGAAUAUACCUUGGUAUCUGCAGUUGUAUUUACACACGCUGAAGAUAUCCUCAGGUGGUAGAGAUUUAAAGCCAAUAAUGCUCAAAUUCAAACCAGGAAAACUGAGAACAAGAUAUCAUCAACUUGAAUUAUUAUUGCGUUUACCAGCAAAAUCUGUAGCUAUGAUUACAAUUGAUUUUGAUUUCACAUUCCUGAAGUGGCAAGAGUAUCCUCCUGAUGCCAAUCAUGGUUUUUAUGUUGGAUCUGCGAUAAUAAGCUGCCAUAUGCCUUUAGCUAGAGAUUUUACAGGAUUACCACAAGAUGGUUCAAUGAUUAGAGAUAGUUUCAAUGCCUCAAGGAAUGGAUAUUUAGUACAAAUUCGCACUGAAACUCUGAUUGUUACUUUGCCCACCCCAGAUUUCAGUAUGCCUUACAAUGUAAUUUGCUUAGCAUGCACAGUGGUGGCAUUAGCAUUUGGACCUCUGCAUAAUAUAACAACCAAGAGAUUCAUUUUGAAAGUGAAAGAUAAUUCCAAUUUCAUCAGCUUAUUGAAAAAUAAACUCAAGUUCACACCAAAUAAACAGGAAAAGGAGUAAAUAAAUUAUAAGUCUGAUAUGUAUAUAUUGAUAGUUUGUUUACAAGUUUGAAUUGAAUCCUCUGAAAUUCAUUUAUGUUGAAUCAUCUCAUGUGAUUUUCUUUUUGAUUGUAAUAAAAAAUGUUUUCCAGUAUCAGGUAAUUUUGUGAAUUAAAUUAAUUUUUUUU